AUGUAUUCCCACGAGAAUGCCACUGACAAAGCUCGCAGGAUACAGGACGAGCGUAUCAAAGCCGACUGGAACUUUUUCGUCACUUGGGAACAGUGGGUGCCACCGAAGUUGUGUCCGAUUCCAGCCACUCAAAAUGUGCGGAUCCCUGUGGGUAACCACAACAUUCACAUUCGACCUAACAUUACAACUACAUCUGGCCUGCCUCAAGUCAUGAAAUCCAACGUCUCAAGUAUGCCAUCCAGCCAGCCACAUCCUGAAGGACUUCCCAAGAAACAUUUGGGCGGUAAAGUGCGGACGGUGAACACAACCACUGCAACAUCAUCGGCCGAACCACAAUAUGAAGGCCAAGUGUUUGACGUGUGUUGGGACACCGAGGUCGAUCCGGCGCCGAUCAUUGUUGCAGACGCAGCCACACCGCCGGCAGCAGGUUCAUAUGACCUUUGUUGGGAUAGCCAAGGAAGUCCACAGAAGAUUAAUUUGGCGCCAAUCCAAGAGCUGGCAGCUACGAAGACUCACACCUUGGAUGUCACCAUGCCCCUGGCGGCCAAUCAAUAUGAUAUGUGUUGGAAUAAUAGUCCGUCUGUGUCAGUGGAUGGAUACAGGGGCAAGUGUUGGUCAUUACCACCGACCAUCACUAACCAUCAUUCAGGCGAUUUCGACAUGUGCUGGGAAGAUUCAACAUCUGGCGGAGAUGGUCACAUUGACAUGGGCGACACACCGGUAUUAUAUGAUCUGUGCUUUGACACAUCCUUGCCGGCCACAUCUCCAGGACCAAGGGAUGACUCACCGAGUCAGACAGUCAACUUAGGACCAAUGGAUGACUCGCCGAGUCAGACGGUCAACUUAGCGGGCGACACACCGGUAUUAUAUGAUCUGUGUUUUGAUGCAUCCUUGCCGGCCACAUCUCCAGGACCGAGGGAUGACUCGCCGAAUCAGAUAGUCGAAGCCACAGAUGACCCCAGAGCACAAUCCAUGGAUAUCUUGGAUGCCAACCAGGAUUUAAUUUCAGAUUAUCGGUAUGCUCGCGAUGAAUUCCUCGCGGCCAGCGAUGACAUUGCCAAAAUCGAACAUCUGAUGAACAUGCACUGGCAAAUUGAUGAUCCACUGCAUAUAUUACUACUAGCGAUGAGGAAAAUGGGCCGGGGAGAUUCCCCAAUCCAGUAG